AUGGUGGCCACACCGCUGGCAAAAAAAGACCCGAAGUACAAUGUGUGGCAGCAGCCUGAGGACGAUGUAGACCGCAAGGACAUCAGAAGACGCUACCGCCAAUACGCAGACUCAGCCCAAGGAUUCAUUCUUGGACCGAUGCCUGUCGACGAGUUCCUAGAGUUUCUACCAGAGACGGAUAUGUCGAACAUGCCGCGUCCCGUCAAUGCUUUCAACAAGGUGCCGGCAGAGGCGAGAACGGAACAGCAGAUCUAUAAACCGUUGAUUGCGGCAAUUAAUGGCACCAGAACGAGGAGCCGAAAAUCUCAGCGUCGCUGUCCUGGAUUCACGUUCAAAGACACGGCCACGUCUGGUGCAGAGCUUGGGGAUAUAGGCUCGAUGAAUGCCCACGUCUCUUGUUAUUCACAGGACAUUAACGACUCUCACUUGACCUCGGCUGGCCCUCUUGGCUGCGCUGACUUGUACAUCGACGUACAGCGACACCCCGGCUUGGACCCAUUUACAGAUCCAGGUCCUGAGGAUGACCGUUCCGAACACGCCUUUUUUCAGACCCCCGGUGACCACCGUGCUCGUAAGGAGGCCGAAGAAGCAUUCGGCAGGAAUGUUGCAUGCGCCACCGAAGCGUGUUCCCGUCAACACCGCGCUUUCUAUUUCUCGAUUUCACUGGCUGGAUCUCGUGCUCGAUUCCUAAGGUGGGAUCGAUGCGGGGUCAUCGCCUCCGAAUCUUUCGACAUCCGCGUCCAACCGGAGCAUCUCUGCGAGUUUCUCUGGCGGUACGCUCACGCUUCGAGUUCGCAGCGCGGGUAUGACGUUUCCGUCGAGGCUGCGACCCGAGAGGAGGAGGAACUCUUCAGAGAUUGCAUCGAACGUCACGUCAAAUUCCAGCUGGAUCCCGACGAUGAAGAGUUGGUCGUCGCCAUGGAGGAGCACUACCAGCCAGGUGCCGUAGUGGCGAUCAAUGUCGUUGACGAGGGUUCUCCCGACUGUGUGGCACAUCGAUUACUUGUAUCCCGUCCGGUGGUUUCGCCUGUGUCGUGGACGGGUAAGGGAACAAGGGGAUUCUGGGCUGUCACCGCCGGUAGUCCGAGAGGGGAAGUAGUGUUCCUAAAGGACACAUGGCGACAUAAUGUCGAACAUAUGAAGGAGGGCAACAUCCUGGCGGACCUCCAUUCUGCUGGUGUGCCGAAUAUACCCCGAUUAGUCCAUCAUGGUGAUGUCUGGGACCAGCUGCCGGUUUCAAGCGGAAGGGUUGACAGUGAGAGCGAUCUCACAUACACGCGCGACGAAACGACAGUCUUGCAGUAUACGCAGACGGACCGGUUUAGACGCGCUGCUUGGGUGUGUACAGGUGGGGAAAAUCACAAAUUGCCGCCUCCCCUCGUACACUAUCGACUUGUCUUGGGGACGGUUGGAUAUCCAUUGCAGCGAUUCAGAGGGACGAAAGAGCUCCUGCAUGCUACAUACGAUGCGUAUGAAGCCAUGGUGGCCGCCUUUCACGCAGAGCCGGGGAAGAGAAGGCUACACCGUGACAUAAGUGUAGGUAAUCUUAUCCUCUCCAAGGAUCCCCACUCCGGCGAGAACAUCAGGCGCGGCUAUCUGAUCGAUUGGGAAUCUUCCUGCUUGGUAACGGAAGAAGGAAGUGCUUGCGACCAUUCAAGGACAGGCACCAUCCAAUUCAUGUCGAUGCGCCUUCUGACGUCAGGCGAGUCUGUCUCUCAUACGUUUCAGGACGACAUGGAAUCCAUGCUUUGGGUGGUACUAUAUUCCAGCCUUCUAUGGUUAGGGCAUGAUCACCCGCCAAACAUGGUAGUCACUUACCUGUUCGAACUCUUUGACCACACUUGGAUUAAUCCGGAAGGCGUUCUCAAGGGUGGUUCCGGCAAACUUAGCAAUCAAGUUGGGCAGGAUUUCACUGACAGGAUCCAAUUUUCGAACCCGGCAUUUCGGGAAUGGCUGGACGCCGUCAUCAAAUUCAAUUCGUCGCAUAUUGUUCCACAUCUGCAUGACAUGGAGUCAGCGAUGGUCUGGAAAAGUCCUGAACUGUUGGGGAAAUUCUGGAAGGAUUUCCUUAGCACUCACGACCUGUCCAACGACGAUCGGUUUCCACGCAAGCUAUAUCCCCGCGGCACCACCUGGCGCCGGUCGUCGUCCUCCACGCUCUCAUCCACCUCAUCGAACUCUGGGACCACGCAUCCUGCACCUGUGGCAUUGCCUUCACGAAAGAGGAAGGCGGCCGACGAUACUGUUGCUGCAGACUCGGAAAGGACGACCAACUCCCGAGUGCCUGCAGUGCCGCGCGGAAGUUGCACAGGACCUACCACGCGCUCGAUGGCGAAGCGGAGACAGGUUGAAUGCCAAGGACGGGGCGUCGCAGCGGGUGACUUUGAUUCGCCGAUACAGCCUCAGUGGAGCCCUCGACGUUUGAAGCCUCGUCCAGCGAAGAUCGACAAUACGAGCCUUGCGCGACGGGAUCGCAAGGUUCGCCGGUCGCAGAAAUAA